AUGGCAGAAAUCACAGCUAUAAACCCUUCAAUUGACAAUACUGAUUUACAAAGACCUACCAAUGAUAUUCUCCUCAACAACAAGCAGGUAUCUCCUCACCAGCCUGGCACUAUAUCGCCAAACCCUUCCACUCACAGUGCGAGCUCCUCAAUCGCAAGUUCGUCAGUUAAUGAUUCCUUUGGCUCUAUUCCAAACACUGCAAGAUCAUCCAGCAGUAGCACAUCCAACAAUCAAAAUAGACAUAGUGUAACAUCAACCCAAUCAGAGCAAUUAUUAAAUCAUUCGCAUCUGAAGCCUGGCAGAGAUGCUUCACUGCUGUCGUAUGCGCAAACAAUCAACAUGUAUAGAGAAAAUGCCAAAAAAACCAAUAACCCAGAUAUCCAAUGCGAUUUUGCUAUAUUCAUGAUUGAAGCUGCAAAACAAUUACCAGAUGAUGAUACUAGUAAAAAUCAAUACCUUUCGGAAGCCGAGAAACUGUUGAAACAACUAUCCUUGAAAGGACAUGCUGGUGCUCAAUACAAUCUUGCAAAGCUACUUGAGAGUGGCUCUCUGAGCAAAAAAGGCAAACCUGAACUGGACAAGGCGUUCCCUCUCUAUGUACAGGCAUCCAAACACUUUCAUGUGGAUGCCUCCAACAGAGCUGCUAAAUGUUAUGAGCAUGGCUUGGGAUGUCGUCAAAAUGGGUCUAAAGCUGUAUUGUUUUACAAAAAAGCAGCUUCUUUAGGUCAUCCUGGCGCAAUGUAUCGUCUUGGUUUAGCUUACAUGAAUGGUGAAAUGGGAGUGUCCAAAAACGACAAGGAAGCUGUCAAAUGGUUUAAUCGCUCAGUUGAGGCAGCCACGCCUGAAUACCCGGAUGCCAUUUACGAAUUAGCCUUAUUACAUAUCAACGGUGUUCCCAAUGUUAUUUUUGUGGAUCUAGCAUACGCUGUUGUCCUACUGAAUCAAGCUGCUGAAAUGGGGCACGGUACUGCUGCAUUCAAAUUAGGCGAAUGUUAUGAAUACGGCAAACUCAACUGCCAGCCCGACCCUGCACUUUCCAUUCAUUAUUAUACCAUUGCAGCUGAAAAAGGGAACAGGGAUGCGUGCUUUGCAUUGACAGCCUGGUAUCUUGUGGGUUCCCCUGGUGUCUUGCCUCAAUCAGAUGAAAACGCAUACAUUUGGGCCAAACGUGCUGCCGACUUGGGAUUACCGAAAGCAGAGUACGCGGUGGGCUAUUUUUCUGAGGUAGGUAUUGGCUGUCAAAAGGAUACUUCACAAGCUGUCGAAUGGUACAAGAAGGCUGCCAAAAAUGGCGAUAAACGUGCCAUACAAAAACUUCAGGGCAAGAUCACCGAGGAAAAGAUCCCUACUGAAAAGAAGAAGAGUAUGUCCCAGGAAGACUGUAUCAUUAUGUAA